GUGGCCUCUUGUCUCUGACACUGCUCUCCGUACAGGUCGGUCUGGGGUUCUAGCAGCUGGCCCCGACCCCCACCCCCGCGUGGAAGAUGCCGGAGCAGAGCAACGACUACCGAGUGGUCGUGUUCGGGGCGGGCGGCGUGGGCAAGAGCUCGCUGGUGCUGCGCUUCGUGAAGGGCACCUUCCGGGACACCUACAUCCCCACCAUCGAGGACACCUACCGGCAGGUGAUCAGCUGCGACAAGAGCGUGUGCACGCUGCAGAUCACCGACACCACGGGCAGCCACCAGUUCCCGGCCAUGCAGCGGCUGUCCAUCUCCAAGGGCCACGCCUUUGUGCUGGUCUUCUCCGUCACCAGCAAGCAGUCGCUGGAGGAACUGGGGCCCAUCUACCAGCUCAUCGUGCAGAUCAAGGGCAGCGUGGAGGACAUCCCCGUCAUGCUGGUGGGCAACAAGUGCGACGAGACGCAGCGGGAGGUGGACACCCGCGAGGCCCAGGCCGUGGCCCAGGAGUGGAAGUGCGCCUUCAUGGAGACCUCGGCCAAGAUGAACUACAACGUCAAGGAGCUCUUUCAGGAGCUGCUCACGCUGGAGACGCGCCGAAACAUGAGCCUCAACAUCGACGGUAAGCGCUCCAGCAAGCAGAAGAGGACAGACCGCAUCAAGGGCAAAUGCGUCCUCAUGUGAGCACGAGCACGGACGCCCGCCCGCCGCCACCGCUGUCCCGGCCCUGCCUCUCCCGACGCCCCCCGCCGCCUCCUCCCCUCCCCCUCCUCUCUCUCAUCCCGUCCACUUCUCUCCCUUCCUCCGACAUCUCUGCUGGGGAAGCUGAGGCCCUGGUGAGCCCGCGGCGGGUCUGGCUCUGUCUCAUCCCUCUGCCCCCCGUCCCGUCUGUACCCCCAAAAGCCAAGUACUGGAGGUGGCCCCCUCGAUCUGCACGUGGGAAAGUGGGGAAACUGCCUGGCCCCGUCGGGACCGAGGAUGCUGGUUUUUCCCCCAUCUCUGCCUGUCUCCUUGUCCCUCAGGACCCCCACCUCUGUCCCUAUCCCCCAGCCAGACCUGUGCACCCCCCCGCAUUAGAUCACUGUGACCUUGCCAGGAGGGGGAGUUGAAAUGCACAUGGACCUCAGAUUUUGUUUUCUCCUAUUUGGUGUUUAAUUAACAUACAUCCUCCCCCCCCACCUCCAUCUCUCAUGACCUCUGGCCUGUGCCCUUCACCUCGGGUCCCGGACCACUCCUCUCGCCCCUGUCCCCGCAGCCUGGGGUGCGGGGGCCUCGCGGGAUGGGUCUCAGGCCACCAGGCAAUAACCACAGGGCCUGCAGCAGCACCCCACCAGCCCGGAGCCCCACUCCUCGCCCGGCCGGGGCCUGGGGUGCAGGCAGGUGAGGCCCGAGACCGGCCGAUGGCCGCAGCACAACUCCAGGGUGCUGUCUGGCGUGAAUAUGGAGGGCCUUCCCGGACAUGGCCCACAGACAGAUCGGCACAGUGUGUCACCACUGAGCCUCGGGGGGGUGGGGAUGUAGGGUGCUGGAGAGGGGUGCCGGGGGCCCAUCCAGGGGCAGGCGACUGGACCCAGCACCAGCAGGAUCUGAGGGGGUCAAGGCAGAGCUCUGACCAGCCGCUUCCUCCCACCAACUGUGCCCCAGAGAGGGGUCCCCCCAGGAAGGCGAGUAUCCUAGAGUUGGAGUAUAUCCGCCACCAUCAGAUUCUGAAUGUUUUUUGAGAGCGUCUAGAUAACUCUACGCUCGUGGGACCCUGUGGGGCUGUGUCUGACAAGUGCGAAGGUGACCUUUUGGCCCAGUUUAGGGGGUGACCGUGGGAUGGUGUAUCUGUGCAGCAUGGUGUACACGAGUGGGUGGCUUGUGUCAAUGCAUGUGUGUAGCUGUCAGUGGGAUGGUGUGUGUGUGUGUGUGUGUGUAAUAAUGGUAUAGGGUGGCUGUCUUUUUGGGAGUGGGUGACGUGAUUUAUCAGAGCAUCCAUAAACCUGUUUGCUCUGACCGUCGGAGGCAUGCUGAGCCUGUCUGACUCUGUAGCAAGAUGGCUCUCAGCUCAAAAUCUGUAUCAGUCAGCUAUGGCUGUGUAACAAAGGACCACAAACUCAGAAACUAGAAUCAAGACACAUUUGUCAUCCCCCAGUUUCUGUGGGUCAGGACUCUGGACAUGGCUUGGCUGGUCUUCUGUGCAGGGUCUCACGAGGCUGUGGUCAGAGUGCUGGCUGGGCUGUGGUCUCAUCUGAAGGGCGGACUGGGGAAGGACCUGCUGCUGAGCUCACGGGGCUGUCGGCAGCACUCAGGUCUCUGUGGUUGCAGGACCCAGGGGCUCGGCUGGUCACUGGCUGUCGACUGGAGCUGCCCUCAGCUCCCUGUCACAUGGGUGACCCCCUGGGGCCGCUCGCAACAUUGGGUGUCAUCGGGCGUGAGGAGGCUGUGUGUGUGUGUGUGCUUCUGUGCACGCUGGGACUGAACUCUGUGUGUAUGUGUGCAUGUGAGAGAGACAGGCCACAUGGCUGUAAGUCGUGUGACCAUGUGGGACUCUAUGUUUCUGUCCAUCUUGGUCACAGCAUGGAUGUUCUCUGUGUUCCUGUGACGUCACUCCACUAAUGUUUACUGGGCACACUAUAAGAGAGAGGGAUUGUGUGUGUGUGUUGGGGGUCACUGCCCGGCACGUGGACAGGCCUGCAGAAGAGCAGUAGCAUCCUGUCUGAGCACAGCUGAGCCCUCUUAUCCUGUGGGGGGCCCAGGGCCCCCCAGCAGCUGGUGAUGCCCUUUCCCUGCUCCGGGAGUGCUUCCUGGGCC